UCUCGGUUUACAUUUUUAUCUCUAACAUUGUUCACGGCGGUGGUUGCGCAUGGGAGAAGGGGACGUGCGCGGUGGAGGCGGCGCCGGUCGCUGGAGUUGGGCGAUACGUGUGGCAAGGCCAAGGCAGGCGGACGAGCGGGACCUAUCGAGAGAGAUCCAAGAGGGUGGAGAGGGGAGCGGGGUUCGCACAUAGUUGGGUGAAGGAGACCGAGCCGCUCCAUUGACGCACAAUAUUGCAAGCUCAACGAGCUUCGAGAGAAUGGACGGCCUUUACUAUGUAGUAGAAGUAGAUUCUCUGGAUCUCGUCGUCCCGACAACCCACUCCUCGCUCCUCGGCGAUUUCACCGAAGCUCUCCGUCUCAGUCUCCGGCUGUAGUGUUUUAGUUUAGUAGCUGCUAGUAUUAGGAGCUUUGCCGCCUGCCGUUCAUCGGCGAUUUGUUCUUCAAGUUCUGGUAAGGUUCUUCCUUAGUUGAUCUCAGGUAUGGUUUCCCCAGAGGGUGUUGCCUGAGAUGGCUUUUGUUUCCUCCCGGUGGGUGGCUCUUUCCCCUUUCUUCUUUCUUCAUUUCUCUGGAAGCGAUCCUGAAUUUAUGCGAAGAACAAGCUACUGCGCUACCAUGACUGAGGUUCUUCCAUAUCAAGUUGCCUGGUUGCGUGAUUGAGCCGGGUCGUUUGCUGGUGUUGCUUGUUGAUGCUGCUCCCCAGUGAAUCCCGAUCUCGAUCUCGAUCCCGAUCCCGAUCCCGAUCCCGAUCCAAACGCCACCUUCAAAAUAACACUUCGAGUGUAUCGCCACCGCUGCAUUAAUCUAUUCUCUGGAUCUCGUCGUCCUGGCCCGCUGCUUCUCAUGGCUUGCUUCCGUCCUGUGACGAGCGAAGGAAUUGGGCGCCGCCCAAGAGUGGCUGUGGCCGUGGCCGUGGCCUACACCGGAGAGGAAAGCACGCGCGCGGUAAUGAAGGUCGUGUCUCAUGUCAUCAAAUCGGUGCCUGUCAAGAGAGGAGAUCCUUUUUACAUCCUCUAUCAAGUGAAUGGGAACACUGUUCAGGAUUUGGCCGGGAGAAUCGAGGCGGAUCCGAAGAAUUCGACUACUCUCCGUCGUGUGCGCAACGAGCUGAUCUCCGAAUCUAGCGAAGUAAAGACGAUCGAUCUCAAAGAUCUACACAAACUCCAUAACUUCCCUGGCUGGAGAUGGAAAGAUGUCCAACGGGAACUGUACAAUAUCAAGAAGACUGAGGUGUUAAUUCGGAUAUAUUGUGAAAAGGAUGGAGCGCUUCAUAUUUUGGCCUCUGAUCUCGGGCUUACUGACUUGUAUUUGACUGGGGACACAGAAAGCGAUGAUAUCCAUCGCAACCAUGGAUCUGGACUUACAGUGACGACAGCUACAGACAUGUUCGGCACCAUUAACAACACACAACCAGUGGCGCAAAGCUACUAACUGAGAGUGUAUCUAUACGUAGAGGAAAGCUUGUGAAAAUUACGAGCUUAAGAUGGAUCUGGAUUUUGUUUUGGUGAAUAAGUGUUUGGCACAUGUCCUGUUAGGGGUUUGAUGGGAUGCGAUAAGUUGUUAGCGAUGGCACUUGUAUAUUACUCCUCUCUAUUUUUAAAUACUUGAUGUUUUGAUUAAGAUUCGAUCAAAUUUUUAAAACUUUGAUCACUAAUAAUUUUCAAAAUAUUUAGUUUGAAAACAUAAAAAUCAUACGUGUAGAUUUGUUUUGAAAAAUAUUUUUAUAAUAUUAUAUUUUUAUUAGAUAUUAUAACUAUAUUUUAAUAGAAAAAUGGUCAAACUUUAAAAGUUUGAUUGGAUCUUAAUUAAAACGUCAAGUAUUAAAAAAUAGAGGGAGUACAAGAUUUUGCUUAGUGGAUGAAUGUAUGUUUUUUUUCGCCUUAUAAAUGUACCGGGAUGUGCCGUGCAGGGAUA